UCUUGUUGGGACGAGAGCGGCUCCAUUUCAGAGCCCCCUCCUUGAAUCCUGAUAGCUCCUGGUGGAGUUCCGUGCGCUCAGUCUCCUCUGCAUCCCUACUUCUGUCCGCAGCUACCCCUCACCUGUCAGGAUGUUCGUACACUGGGAGGUUUUCUUCUACGUUUUUAUUCUGAUGACUCACAUGAGGUCCUACUGCUGCUGGUCAGUGAAUAAUUUCCUGAUGACCGGACCCAAGGCAUACCUGAUCUACUCAAGCAGUGUGGCAGCAGGAGCUCAGAGUGGCAUUGAGGAAUGCAAAUACCAGUUUGCAUGGGACCGCUGGAACUGCCCCGAGAGAGCUCUGCAGCUGUCCACACACAGCAGCCUACGCAGUGCAAAUCGAGAGACUGCAUUCGUCCAUGCCAUCAGCUCUGCUGGGGUUAUGUACACCCUAACCAGGAACUGCAGUCUUGGAGACUUUGACAACUGUGGCUGUGAUGACAGCAGGAAUGGACAACGAGGUGGUCAUGGCUGGCUCUGGGGUGGCUGCAGUGAUAAUGUCGGCUUUGGUGAGGCCAUCUCCAAACAGUUUGUGGAUGCCUUGGAGACCGGGCAGGAUGCCCGGGCGGCCAUGAAUCUUCACAACAAUGAAGCUGGGCGAAAGGCUGUGAAGGGGACCAUGCAGAAGACAUGCAAGUGCCAUGGUGUUUCAGGAAGCUGCACCACUCAGACCUGCUGGCUACAGCUGCCAGAGUUCAGGGAGGUGGGGAACUACUUGAAGGAGAAGUACCACAGAGCCCUGAAGGUGGAUCUCCUCCGAGGUGCUGGAAACAGCGCAGCCAGCCGGGGUGCCAUCGCAGAGACCUUUAACUCCAUCUCCCGCAAGGAGUUGGUCCACCUUGAAGAGUCACCCGACUACUGCCUGGAGAACCGCACCCUGGGCCUGCCAGGCACAGAGGGCCGCGAAUGCCUAAAGAAAGGCAAGAACCUAAACAAGUGGGAGAAGCGGAGCUGCAAGAGGCUGUGUGGAGAGUGUGGGCUGGCUGUGGAGGAGCGCAAGGCCGAGAUGGUUUCAAGCUGCAACUGCAAGUUCCACUGGUGCUGCGCAGUGAAGUGCGAUCAGUGCAGAAAGACUGUGACCAAGUACUUUUGUGUGAAGAAGGGAGGUCAGAGGGGAAGAAAUGAGAGCGCCGCCAUCCGCCGAAAAAACCUCAGGCUGAGGAAAAAGCACUGAGCAUCCCCAUCACUCCCCCACGUGCAUCCAUGUCUUCAUGUCUCUGCAGCUCCAUCACACAUCUGGACUCUGCAGAUAACACGUGUUCUGGACAAAAAUGUCACAUUUAUCCUCGUAUUAAGGUUUAUUCCAGAAACGAACACAGAGUCUCAUGAUAAAACAGACAAUGUAUUUAAGAUAUAUUUUUAUAUUAUUUACAACAUUUUGAAAAGUGGCAUGGCAUUGAAACAAUUCCCAAUGACUUUUAAAUUACUCACAUUAUUUAUUCUCAUACUUAUUCAAAAAGAGUUGAUAAUCUGGUGCAACAGCUGUUUAAAAACCCUGUUUAAUUCUGAAAUAAUUCUACGAUGCAUGCAGAUAUUACCUGUUACAUUUUUGUUUCCCCUAUCAUCUGGCUCACCCUGACUUUGCCCUCUUGCUGUAUUUAAUUGUACAUAAAAUGAAGCACUUUGUACUGUAUAUUGUUAAUUUAUUGCACAGCAUUUUCUUUCUAGCUUUGCUUUGUUGUUAGUGUCCUUUUUCAUUCCCUCUUUAUUAAAGUGUAAUGAAAGAAUAUUAAAUCCCUUAAUCGUGCAUAUCA